AUGGAGGUUGGGUCGUGCGAGGUGAGAGAGCAGCCUGUUGUAUUGUGUGAGAUGGGGGUUCAACCUAAUCCCAGGGUGACAUGUGAGGAGAGUACCUCGCUAGAUGUACGCGAUCAUUUGCCAAGUAGAACUGUACAACCUCAGUCAGAGGAUUGGUCUGAUAAAGUUAUACCCGCAAAUGUGGAGCUGAACAUUGAACUGGGCCUAGGCAUUUCCCUGCAAAUUACUUCCUCCAGCAUGGGGCUGGAUUGCUCACUUUCAACGCAUCGCUACACAGAUAUAGCAUCAUCACAUUAUACAUUUCAGCCAACUAUAAUAUCCCCAGUAGAAAGAAGAAUACAAAAAGUAAAGUGUGAAAAUUUUCCUUGUUUUAAUGGAGGUGAAUGCCUACAGAAAAAAUAUUGUGACUGCAGUCGAUAUAACGCAUCCGGAUCAAGAUGUCAAAUAGUGUAUAACACAGGUGCUGAGAGAGAUAAUAUAUGUCGAACUUGGGGACAAUAUCAUUUUGAAACCUUUGAUGGACUUUAUUUUUUUUACCCUGGAAAAUUUAGUUAUGAUCUUUUACGACAAAAUGAGCAAGAUGAACAGAGUUUUUCAAUCCAGAUACACAAUGACCGGCUCUGCAGACAUUUUCCGUACUCUUGUCAACGCUCUGUAAGUUUGUAUUUUGCUGGGGAUGGAGAAAUAAAACUUCAGGACCAUGAUGUGACCCACAAUUUUCACAGGGUGGAACUCCCCUACACUGCUGGGAACUUGCAAAUAAAGAGAAUAUCAGAAUAUGUAAUGAUCAGACGACAGAAUGUUUUCACCUUGGCUUGGGACGGCAAUACUUCCAUAUAUCUCAAAAUGAGCCCUGAUUAUGUAGGAAAAACACAAGGACUAUGUGGAAAUAACAAUGGAAUUCAGCAAGAUGAUCUUGUAACGAGUUAUGGGAGACUAACAGAAAAUCUUGAAGAAUUUGUAAAUAGCUGGAUAGAAAAUUCGCCACAUGAAGCAUUUAUACACGAAGAUAUUCCUGCUCCUAAUGAACCACCGUGUCUGAGAUACAGUCAGCAAGAAAAGCAGAUGGUGCAUUCUUUAUGUAGUAUACUGUUACAGUCACCGUUCCAGGGCUGCCAUGAUUCAGUGAGUCCUUUCCCUUUCAUGGCCAGCUGUGCAAAUGAUCUUUGUAUGUCAGAGGGUAAUAAUGCAACCUGGUGCAGAGCACUGACUGAAUAUGCACGAGUUUGUGCACAAGCCGGACAUCCUCUGCAUGGCUGGAGAAAUACAGUGAGGCAGUGUGACAUUCAAUGUGAAAAGGAUUUUGUCUACAAUGAAUGCAUUGACUGUUGCCCAACAUCCUGUCAUCGUAAGAAGUCAUGCAUCGAUAGUGAAAUCUCUUGUGUGGAUGGAUGUUAUUGUCCAGAAGGUUUAAUUUAUGAAAACGAUUUAUGUGUCAAACCUUCUGAAUGUCCUUGUGACUUCCAUGGUUUGUCAUAUGAAGCUGGCUCAGUAGUAAAAGAUGAAUGCAACAACUGCACAUGCUCAGGAGGCAAGUGGCUUUGCACAGAUGUAAUAUGCCCAGCGGAAUGCUCGGUCACAGGGGAUAUCCACAUUAUGACAUUUGAUGGACGAAAAUACACUUUUCAGGCUCCCUGUCAAUAUAUUUUAGCCAAAAGUCUCACUUCAGGAAUAUUCACUGUCACUCUGCAGAAUGUACCCUGUGGGCAGAACCAAGAUGGCUCUUGUAUCCAAUCAGUGAAUUUAAAUUUAAACCAGGACCCAAGGAAGCAGGUGACAUUGACCCGUUCAGGUGAUGUUUUGGUGUAUGACCAAUAUAAAAUAAACCUUCCAUACACAGAUGAUGCUUUUGAGAUCAGGAAGCUGUCUUCUGUGUUUGUUCAAAUAAAGACUCACAUUGGUUUACAAAUACAAUAUGACAAAGAGGGGCUCAGGCUUUAUAUUCAGCUUGAAGGAAGGUGGAAGGACGAUACUGCUGGGCUUUGUGGAACUUUCAAUGAAAACACACAGGAUGAUUUCCUGUCUCCAGUAGGGGUACCUGAAAGUACGCCGCAGCUGUUUGGAAAUGCUUGGAAGAUCUCAUCAGCGUGCACUUCUGAGCACUUUCCUUCUCCACUAGAUCCAUGUGAUGUUCAUUUACAAGCUGCUUCUUAUGCACUGGAAAGCUGUAGCAUCCUUACAAAGGAUCUGUUUGUUUCCUGCCAUCCAUACCUGAGCCCUGUCUCUUUUUAUGAGCAAUGUAGAAGGGACACUUGUAAAUGUGGUCAAGCCUGCCUUUGCUCAGCACUUGCCCACUAUGGGUAUCAGUGCCGCCGGUAUGGAAUAACAAUAGAUUUCAGAUCCAGCUUCUCUGACUGUGAAAUUCCAUGUGAAGACACAAUGCAAUAUGGCACUUGUGUGUCUACAUGUGGUCAGACCUGCCAAGCACUUUCAGCACCAGAGAUAUGCAAUGGAGAUUGUGUUGAAGGUUGUGCCUGCCCACAAGGAAUGUACCUAAACACUAAAGAGGAAAGAUGUGUACAAAGGAGUGAAUGCCCCUGCUAUUUCCAAGGAAUAGAUUAUCAUCCAGGAGAAAAUAUAAUCACAUCCCUCGGUGUAUGCCAAUGCAAGGAUGGUAUCAUGAAGUGUGAGAGUAAUGAUAUCGUAUAUGACUGUCCUGCUGGUCAGAUUUAUUAUAACUGUAGCAAUCCAGACGCAGAUGUGGAACUGAGCAGAGAAAGAACUUGUGAAAAUCAGCUGCUUAAUCUUACAGCUUUGGCGCAUCAACCUUGCAUAUCAGGCUGUGUCUGUCCGAAGGGGCUUGUUAAACAUGGAGAUGAAUGUUUUGAACCUGACGCAUGUCCUUGCUCAUGGAAGGCCAAAGAAUACUUUCCUGGUGAUGCUGUAAAUUCUUCAUGCCACACUUGUGUUUGCCAGCAUGGUUCUUUCCAAUGCACUUUUCACCCUUGCCCAUCCAUGUGCACCACCUACGGAGAUCGUCAUUACAGAACAUUUGAUGGUUUCGCUUUUGAUUUUGUAGGAGCCUGUAAAGUUCAUCUGGUUAAGGGACUGUCACCAAGCAGUUUUUCUGUCACCAUAGAAAAUGUCAAUUGUUAUAAUAUGGGAAUAAUCUGCAGGAAAAUAAUAUCAAUCAGUGUUGGAAAGUCCUUAAUUAUAUUUAAUGAUGACACAGGACAUCCGAGCUCUGCAAGUUUUAUAGAUGAAAGACAACAAAUGCAUAUAUGGCAAGCAGGCUUUUUUACAUUUGUUCAUUUUCCUUAUGAAUUCAUUACUCUCUUAUGGGACCAAAGGACAACUAUUCACAUUCAAGUGGGACCUCAGUGGCAGGGUGAACUGAGUGGACUUUGUGGAAAUUUUGACCUGAAAACUGUAAAUGAGAUGAGGACUGCAGAUAAUUUUGACUUAACCAAUGCCCAGGAGUUUGGUAACAGCUGGACAGCAGUGGAGUGUGCUGACAGCUCAGAUAUUAGGAAUCCUUGCACUGUGAAUCCGCUUAGAGAACCAUUUGCCAAGAAAGAAUGUGGGAUUCUUUUGAGUGAAGUGUUUGAAGCCUGCCAUCCUGUGGUGGAUGUUACUUGGUUUUACACAAACUGCCUGUCAGACACAUGUGGCUGUAAUCGUGGUGGCGAUUGUGAGUGUUUUUGUACAAGUGUGUCGGCUUACGCUCAUCAGUGCUGUCAGCACGGAAUUACUAUCGACUGGAGAUCCCCAAGAGUGUGCCCCUAUGACUGUGAAUACUUCAACAAAGUUCUUGGGAAAGGUCCAUAUAAACUGGUCAGCUACUUGGACAGGAGUCUGAUGCUGGCAGCCAAGCUGUCGGAUGGCAGCGUUUUUCCAAUGAAGGGAGAAGAUUUGUUUCCAGAGCAUACUUGUAGCUUUAUGCUGACUCCAGGAUUGUACAAACCCAAAGCAUAUGAUCGGAACUUAGUGUCAUUUGAAGUUGCAGAUCGUCCAAACUACUUCCUGCAUUUAGGGAGAAACGGAACUCUUCUGAUUUCCAAGUGGCAGAAGAAUGAAGAAUUUCAGAACAGAUCAACAUUUAUAAUCCACAAAAACACCUGGAUUUCUGGGUACAAUGCUUUUGAAUGUUUUUCCAAACGUGGCUAUUUUGUAAGAAUUUCCACCGCCUCUAUAUACCUGACAAAAUAUCACCAUUCUGUGGCAUUCAGACUUUCAACGCUGUUUAGGUUUUCAGAGUCUAAACUAGACAGCUCAUCUCGUACCACAUGCGAAUGGCGAUAUGAUGCGUGUGCCAGCGCCUGUUUCAGAACCUGUAGAGACCCUCUUGGGCAGUACUGCAGAGAUGUACCUAGGGUGGAAGGAUGUAUCCCCUUGUGUCCACCUUACAUGGUUCUGGAUGAAGUUACUAGAAAAUGUGUCUACUUUGAGGAUUGCAUUGAACCUGCCCUUGGUAUUCCUAAAUUAUUCUCUACUACAACAGCCACAAAGACUGCAUCCACAGUGUUUAAUACGACUGCACCAACUAGUUUGACAGAUUCAACAUUGACAACAACUGAACUAGAGAUUACCACCACUACAGAAAAAGCUGACAUAGCUACAGGGAUUGUGCCACUUACACCCAUCUUAACAAAUGUCUCAGCACACUCAGUAAUUCUACAAACGUCCCAUGAACCUAUUACAACUAGGCAAUCAGCCACUGAGCAAUUUUCUGUUUCCACUACGCACAUUUCAUCAGAUAAUGUUACCAUUGCCCAGAAGUCAGUUACUGUACCUCCUUUGUUAUCAGCAAUUACUGAUACUAUUACCUCUGCUCCAUAUGAAUUACCUUUAAUUACAUCUGAAGAAUCAAAAAUGACUCAUUCCAUAUCUAGCACAACCACAAAAGUUUCACAGCUACCCCUUUCGGAAAGGGUUACCUCACAACAACCUGUAGUAACUACUAAAAGUGUAGCUACUGUAAUGAAUGACACAGAAUAUGUGUCUUCAUUAUCUUCUAGACCAAGAACAACACUCAGAACUACUUUGGCUGAAGAAUUUUCUACUACAGCUUUGUCUUCUUUCACAACAGAAACACCCAUUUUUAUUACUGGCAUUUUUACUAAUAAAAGCACAACUGAACCUUCCACAAAGGCCCAGAUGACAUCUACUUUAUUAACAGAAGGGUUAGAAACACCAACUGCUACAACUCUAGCAACUACAGAACCUCUUACUAAGUUAUUUACAGUGCCUGUUACUAGUUUAUUCAUAUUUACAACUGAGAAGAGCAGAAAGGAACCUUUUACAAUGGCAGAAAUGACUACACAAUACACUCUUCCUCAGUUAACAGGGCAUGUAUCAGAAACAUCACCAAGUCAGACAGUUCCUCAAAGUAUCACAGCUAUUCCAUAUUCACUGUUUUCUAGUGCAACAAUAAAGGAAUUAACUACACCAACUUUAGGUUCAGCAACAAGUGAACCUGCACAAACCUUAGGCAUAACAAAGUAUUCCACACACCCAAUACUCACAACAGAACUUAUAUCACUAAAAACAGACAUAAUAACUCCUCUUCCCACCAAGAUUUUACCAAGUGAUAUUCCCACUGAGAUUUCAGGAAAGCAAACUUUAAUAGCCCAAACUUCUGCAGAAAGUAAUAUCACAGAAGUGAAAAAAAUAUCAUCUGCAAUAUCUACAACUUUUGAGGUUUCUAGUUCCAGUCCAUUGAUGACAACAAGCAAGAAUGAGACAAAACAAACAUCCCAUUCAAAAGUUUCAGAACCUCAUAUCAUUGUUAAUGUCUCAAAAACAACUCUGUAUCCUGUUAAACCAAUGACAGAAAUAGUUCCAAGUAAAUACUACACAAUAUCUACAACUUCAUCGUAUCCAAUCAUUUUAGAAACAUCUGAAAUAUCUCUUUUAGAAAAAACAUCUUUAUCUUCACAAUUUCCUCUGAUUACAUUCAAAACAAAGGCUGAGUCAACAAAAUCAACAACUCCAACACGUAUACUACCUGAAGCAAGAACUAACAUAACUACUGAAUUACCACUUUCAUCCGCCUUCUAUCCAACCACAGAAGUAAAGGUUACAAAAUCGUAUUUACCAGUGACAGAAAGAUAUGCUACAACACAAACAAUAAAAACUAUCACACAAACUUCAGCACCAUUGUUAAAUUUGACUAGAAGUACAGUAUACCCUUAUUCUGAACCAGCCAACAUAACGUCGUUGAGAAGUUUCACAUCCCCUUCCACUGUAUCUACAUCAGAAUAUAAAAAAAUUACAGCUAUAUCUCCUGGACAAACACUGAUGACCCCAUAUACUUACAGAACUACUGAAAUUCUAACAGAAAAUACAACUACAAAAUAUGUAGCUACAACAGAAGCAAUUCACACAACUGAAUUUACAUCUAUGGUUCCUAAGAUAAAGAACAUAACAAGUUCGCUUAAAUCUACUUUACAUACUGAACACGCUUUAUUGCCAACUGACUAUUCUGUGCAUUAUACAACUCCAUCUUCUGGCCAAAUAAUUUCCUUAGAGGGUGCUUCACAGUCAACUACCCCCAAUGUUUCAAUGACAUAUUACACUACAAAUGUAACAAAGCCCAUUCUCUCAUCAACAAUCCUGUUACCAUCUAUCACUUCCAGCAUCUCAGUGCCCAGAACCACAUCUAAACAUCGUUUCACUGAUAUCAUCAAAACAACGCAAUCUAUGAGUCAACAUGUAGAUUCAGCGUUGACUAAAUCAUUAACUGUAGCUUUUACAGCUGUUUCAUUAUCUGCACCGGUUUCACUAAAAACUCAUUUAACCACAGAAAAAACACAAUCUUUGUUAACUGAUACAGUUAGAAGCACUUCCUCCCCCAGUUUGAUUCCAGCUUUAUAUACAACAGCUUCAUAUACUGGAGAACACACUCAUUUAACUUUACCCUUCACUACAACAUUUACAUCUUCAUCCAAAGAAAUAAAACCAAAAGAUACAAAAACACACUUGCCGUCAACAGAAAAAGCAGAAACAUUAUUUACAUCAACAAAGCAAACAACUGGAAAAAAAAACCUUGUCAUCAACUGAACCUAUAAAACAACAGGUCAAUUAAUUUCUGUUUCUGAACCAACCACUUUGUCAAUGGUUGUAUCUGAAACAUUAGCCGCUCAUCAACCAACACCCAAAGAAACAACGGCUGUUGGGUUAGUUACUGAAGAGACUUUGACACCAACAAAAACAAGGGAUAUAAUUUCAGGUACAAUCAAGACUCUUUCAACUACAACCUAUAGUCCUACCAUUGAAACAAGCAGCAUACCUUUAACCUCUAUCCAUUUCACUCCACAUGUUGAUUAUACCUCUAAAGUAUCAUCUACCAGUGAGAUUUUAGAGAAGACACAAGAAAUUACUCACAUAUCAAAACCAUCUGGAAAAACGAUAGUGGAAGAUUUUAUUACCUCCAUAAAAACCACAAACUACUCUACAACCUAUGAACCAUCAGAGAGUAUUCCAACACAAAUACCAGAGGUUGUUACAUCACAGCCUGCUCUUAGUACACCACAUAUGGUUAAUGCUACUGAAACAACGUAUAGCCAUGAAACCUCAAAGAUAUCUUAUGUGUUUUCCACACAAGAGCCAUAUGCACAAACUGAACAUACAAGUGUCAUCACUAGUAGUAUGAGUCCUGUUGCUGUCACAAGUCAAGAAACAGGACUACAGACAUCAAUUACAACAACACCUUCACAGACUUUAUUGAUAUCUGUCUCUCUAAAUGCCACAGAAGCUGUGCCAUUUACUGAAACAUCCUUUUAUCCAUCGAAAAUACUUGAGAAGACGGUUACAUCAUAUUCUGGUGAAAGGACAACACAUGAAGGAACCUCAGAAGGAUAUACAGUUUCAUCCAUAUUAUCUUCUAGAGAAACUGCAACAAUUCAAACGUGUAUACCAUAUACAGAAAACGAAUGUAUUAAACACAUUUGUGUGGACGGCCAGCUGAUACAGGUUAACAAAUCACAACACUGCCCUUAUAACACAACUCAACCCAGCUGUGGACUUCUGGGAUUUGCUGUUCGAAUUAACGGUGAUAAAUGCUGUCCUAAAUGGGAAUGUCCCUGUCGCUGCUCUGUCUUUUCUGAUCUAAGUUUUGUUACAUUUGACGGCCAGUACAUGUCUUUGUUUAAAGAAGCAUCUUACAUUCUCAGUCUAACUGAAGAUGAGACCAUAAUUAUUAAAGUUUCUAAAUGCAGAGAAACAACCCAGGGAAAUUUAAAUGAAAUGACACUAUGUUUGGCAGUGCUGGAGCUGACACACUUAAGUAACCAGAUAAUAAUCGAUAGGAUAAACAGGAAAGUUACUGUGAACUCCAGACACGCUUGGCCAAUGGUUAGAAAAUAUGGCUAUAAAAUUGUGGACACUGGAAAUAUGUACUUAAUUGACACACCAACAAAUGUUAAAAUUCAGUGGUUUCACAGUAGCGGGGUGAUGAUCAUUGAGACAAACUCUACCAGUAACCCAAAUACAAUGGGACUGUGUGGAUUUUGUGAUGGCAACUCAACAAACGAUUUAAUCCUACCCAAUGGUAGAAUCUUGACUAAAACUGAUGAUGCUGCAGAGUUCCUGGACAGCUGGCAAGUGCCGUACACAUUAAAAUAUGUUGGAAAAGAGAGACACCAGGAUCUUAACUGUUCUGUUAUGGACUGCUCAGAGUGUUUUGGAAUGAUUUUAAACCAGACUUUCAGCAGCUGUCAUCCUUAUGUGUCUCCUGAAGCAUUCUGUGAUCUCUGGGUACAGGACAUUGAAUACAUUCAGAAUCCGUGCAAAGCUCUCACUGCGUAUAUUUCCAUGUGCCAUAAGUUCAACAUUUGUAUAGAAUGGCGAAGCUCUGAUUAUUGUUCCUUCCUUUGCCCUGACUCCUUUAUAUACCAGGCCUGCUUGCCAGUAUGUGAGGUGCCUCAAACCUGCCAGAGCAACGAGAUUGAUCUCUAUGAUACAGAAACAUGUUCUACUUUGACAGAGGGUUGUGUAUGUGAAAAAGGUGCCAUUUUACACAGGCCGCAGUCAGCACUUUGUAUCCCAGAGAAACAGUGUGCAUGUACAGAUAGCUCUGGGAUCCCCCGUGCUGUAGGAGAGGUCUGGAAAACCUCACUUUCUGGAUGCUGUAUGCAUAAAUGUACUGACAAUGAUACUAUUAUUCCUGUGGAAUACAAUUGCUCAGAUAUUCAAGAACCUCAGUGCCAGCGAUAUGGAGAGGUAGCCAUCUCUGUUUCUAUUAACAAUAGCUGUUGUCCUCAGAAGGUCUGUGUUUGUAACCAAACAACAUGUGAGAGCUUGAUUCCUCAAUGCACGAGCGCAGAAGAACUUGUAAAUCGUUACCAGGAAAACUCUUGCUGUCCCAAGUACACUUGUGAAUGUGAUCCUGAUAAAUGUGAAGCUAUGAAGCAGAUACAACAAUGCAGAGAAGACCAAACAUUGUUUUCAGUUCAUGUCAACAAUUCCUGCUGUGUCCAACAAUUUUGUGCGUGCAAUGUGUGUACCACUCACAUACCAACAUGUCGAGAGGGGGAGAUUCUAACAGUGGAUAGAAACACUACUGGGAAUUGCUGUCCUACAUAUCAGUGUGUUUGUGAUACAUCUCGAUGUCCAGAAACUAAGUGCGAUGUAGGAAUGUCUGUAACGGAAAUUUGGAGCCCUGAGAGCUGCUGUUCCUAUAAAACGUGUGAAUGUGCUUGUGAGACAGUCCAAAAACCAGAAUGUAAACUGGGUGAAAAACUACAACUAGAUGAAGAAUUCCAAAACCUGUCUACAAAUCCUUGUAACUGCACAAUAUUUAAGUGUGUGAGGGAUACUGUGUGCCUGAGUAAAGACAGAGGGGUUUUGAGACCUGGGCAGACUAUCGUUGAACAUACCCCUGAUGGCUUCUGCCAUUCUUCGCAUUGCACGUCCUUCGUGGAUCCUGUUACCAAAUACCAUCAGAUCAAUGUCACUUCCUUAAAUUGCGCAGCCAAGUGUGAAGCUAACCAAGUAUAUGACCCACCUAAAGACCUGACAAGCUGCUGUGGUCGCUGCAAAAAUGUAUCUUGCCUACACCCCUUAUUGAAUGGUACAAUCCUCAGUAGCAGGCCUGGCUCUACUUGGAUUUCAAAAUGUGUCAAAUAUGACUGCACAAAUACUUCAGUAGGACCAGUUUUAGUAACAUCUGCCAUCAACUGCCCACCUUUUAAUGAAACAGAAUGUAUCAAGAUGGGAGGAUAUGUUGUAUCAUUUUUAGAUGGUUGCUGCAAAACUUGUAAGGAAGAUGGCAAGUUCUGUAAGAGAGUGACAGUGCGCAUGACCAUCAGAAAAAACGAUUGCAGAAGUAACACUCCGGUCAACAUUGUUUCUUGUGAUGGAAAGUGCCCAUCUGCCAGCAUCUAUAACUACAACAUCAAUACAUAUGCCAGAUUUUGCAAAUGUUGCAGAGAGCUUGGCCUGCAGAGACGUGUUGUCCAAUUAUACUGUAGCGGAAACUCAACAUGGGUAAAUUAUUCCAUCCAAGAGCCCACGGACUGUUCCUGCCAGUGGUCCUAAAAUACACUCUACAGGACAUGUUUUUUUUCCGACUGUGGAAACAUAAAUUAUACUAAUGCUCAAUACAAUAUUGUCUAUACAAUGUUUUGUGAUAAUUUUUCGCUAUUGGUCAAACAUAAAACAGUCUUUCCAUACUGGUAAUCUCUUUGACCAGUGUUAUCAACUUCAUCUUAAGGUAAUCCAGUCUUCAAGAUCAAUGUGCCAACAUCUACAUGGAAGACCAAAUUAUUUAAAACUGAAAAAUUAUGCCAUUGAAUAAAUAAUAAAAGCAACUCCUAAUGUUUUACUGCUUAAAACAAUGUUGUUAUUUUAACUGAUCAUUCAUUAGUACCUUUGCCAGUACUUUAGAAAAUAUGGAUAUCUUAAACAGAACCAUUUAUUACUUGCAGCUAAACAAACUGUACAAUAUUGUUUUUAAAUAUAUUUAUGUACCAAACACAUUUUGAAAUAAAACAUACUCUGACCAUGCAUAUAGUGACAUCUCAGACGUAUUAAACAAAGAAUAAUAAAAAUAUAAUCCAAUCCAGUGUGCAUGGAUUUUAAUGUACUUGGCUAAUGUAAGAACCAAUUUUAGUGAUCUAUUUUAGACUUUUAAUUUGCUUAUAUUUUUGUCCUCAAAUCCAGUAUCAAGACUUUAUUUAAAAAAAAAAAAAAAAAACUAUCCAUGUUAAUCAAAUGUAGGAAUUGGAUCAAAAUUGUUACUUUUUGAGCAUGAGCUAACGACUUCUGUUAUUUAAAUAAUCUAGUAGUUUCCAAAUGUUCUUAAUGCAGUAUUUUUGGAACCUCAGUUAAACAUUCAAUAAUACAAAUGCAUAAAGCUGUAUCAGACUCAUCAUCAGAUUAUGGUGCCAACUACUUUUGCCUUUCGAUUUUCAUAGAAUUCAGUGUAUUAUAAUUUAUACUGCAUAUUACUACAAAGUAACAAUCUCGCUGUAAUACAAUGAUGUAAUUAAUUAUACUUGAGUUUUGUAAAGUUAUUUUGUAUAAGUAUCCAAAGAAUAUCUGCACAAUGUGUUGAUUAAAAAUAAUAAUUUAAUAAUAGAAAAGGAUUUCAAUCAAAAAAGAAAAGAAAAAGUGAAAACAGUUUUUGUGUUUCUUGUGAUACCUAUCUACAUGCACUAUUUUUGUUCUCUUCGUAUUAAAGGUACAUGAAAAAAUAAACUCA